UAAAUGUACAGGACCUAGUAAACCUGAUAAACAUGCAGAGCUUACACGCUCUGUUUGAGUUGAGUACACAGCAGCAAGCACAUUCAACUGCAGUUGUAUUUGAUGAUGGAUUGCAGUUGGCAUCUGUAACAUACAGUCAACUGAACAGACACAGUCUAGCGGUAAGUGAGCUGCUGAAGGAAGCUGGCUGUUCUCCUGGUGAAAUUGUUGGAGUUAUGGUAAACCCUAGUGUGCUAAUGCCUGCUGUACUCAUAGGGAUUAUGAAGGCAGGGUGUGCUUAUUUGCCUAUUGACCCAACACUAGGGGGCACUGCAACCCAGGAAACACUGCAACGGUGUCAAGCCAGGUUUCUGUUUGCAGACGCAUCUGUCCAUCAGAAAAUUCUGAGUGAGACCAAAUUGACAGAGUUCAAGACACAGUGUAGCACCCUGCAGAAGCCCAGUUUCUCACUUUUUCAUAUAGAGGGGGCUCCAGUCUGCCCUUGUCCAAUACAAGACCUUGCCUAUGUGAUUACUACAUCAGGAACAACUGGCAUUCCUAAACUGGUCUAUGUGCCACACAGCUGCAUUAUGCCAAAUAUUACAGACUUGAAGUGUCUGCUGAAGCCAUGUCCUGGUGAUGUGAUUUUCAUGGCCUCUCCACUGACCUUUGACCCCAGUGUAGUUGAGAUGUUCCUGGCUCUUGGGUCUGGCGCCACACUUCUCAUUGUGCCACAUGCUGUGAAGGCAGCACCCAAACUGUGUGAGGAAGUCCUGUGUGGAAGGAAUAAAGUGACAAUAUUGCAGGCAACACCCACAUUCUUAUCCAGGUUUGGCAACAAGGUUCUGCAAUCAAGUUUGUUAAGUCAAGACACUUCUCUCAGAGCUCUGAUCCUGGGGGGUGAGAGCUUCCCCUCUCCACAAACACUGAGAACCUGGAGGGCAGAGGGGAACCAGACCAAAAUGUACAAUAUCUAUGGCAUAACUGAGGUCUCAUGUUGGGCAAUGCUGAAGGAAAUAACAGAGGAAGAAUUAGGGGCAGGUUCUCCACAUCAGGCUGUUUCCCUUGGUCAUCCUAUGUUGGACACAGAAGUUCAGGUCUUGGACACAUCUGGUGUUGCUGUCCAGAGUGGGGAAGGGCAGUUGUUUGUAGGAGGGAGCAAGAGAAGAUGCUUCGUAAGUGAGAUGUCCAGUCCAUCGAGGUUAGAUCUGGUUGCCAUGCCGACCAUGCAUGCCACAGGGGACUGGGUAAGAUUGGAAGAAGACGGUAGAAUUGUUUACCAGGGAAGAAAAGAUGAACAGAUCAAGAGACAUGGCAAGAGACUGAAUCUGGUGGAGUUGACCAAGUUCACUGAGCAACAGAUUCCUGGGCUGUAUUGUGUGACCUUGAAUAGAGAAAAUGGCCUGUAUUUGUUCAUCCAGUUCCCCGGUGACUGGGAUAUAGUGGGUUUGAUUGAGAAGGUAGAGAAGAGAAUAAGUGAGCACCUACCACCACAUUACAAACCAGACAUCAUACACAUGGUACAGGAGAUACCAGUUACAAGACAUGGUAAAGUGGAUAAGGAAGCUCUUCUUGCAGAGUUUGAAAAAAACAGGCAGUACACAUCUGGUUCUACAGUCAAACAAGUGCUUCAAGAAGUUUGGAAGGAUGUUAUUGGUCAUCUCCCAGAUGUUAAGGAUAGAUGGAUGGAGAGAGGAGGAAACUCCCUAAUGGCAGUUCACAUGACUCAGACAUUAGAAACAGUUUUCCAAUCUUCCUUUCCACUCCUGUUAGAUAGCAUUUUACACAAGACAUUCAGUGAGAUAGAAGACUACAUCAGUAAUGAAAUCAAUCAUGGUUCUUUAAUUGUUGAUGUACAAUCUAGAGAUAAACGUGACAAAUGCACAAAUGCUUUUAAGGAACAUCCUUGCAAACCCUUGACAGCAGGUUCAUUAAUUACUUCCACAAGUAUGAAAAAUGAGAUUCAGAAUGUGAUGUCAAAUACUGAAAAUUUCUCAGAAAUUAGCCAAGUUGGAAAGAAAAGAAAAUUACAAAAUGAAGAAACGGACUUUGUUCAGAUGCUGAAUGGAAGUGGCACUAAGCAUCCUGUAACGGGCAUUUUGUCUAUUCAAAGGGGAUCAAAGUAUUUAACUCACUGCAAUGAAAGCACAGGAGCACAAAGUUUCCAAAAGUUAUCUUCACCAAGAAAACCAAGCCUCAAAAGACCAGAGAUAGUUGAAGGCUGGAAAUAUGACACAGGGAAGUGUGUUGAUGCUUCUCCACUACUGGUUUUAAGAGACAGGGGCCAGGGCCAAGUCUUCAUAGGCUCUCACUCACACAGGGUCUCUGCCAUAGAUUUACAUACUGGGAAUGUUCACUGGGACAGAGAGCUAGGGGACAGAAUUGAGUCAUCACCUUGUCUGUCAGCUUGUGGGAAUUAUGUCAUUGUUGGAUGUUACAACCAUGCUGUUUAUGUCUUGGAAGCUUUGAGUGGAGACAUCUGGUGGCAGUUUAAGACAUCAGGGCCAGUCAAAAGUUCUCCAUAUGUAAAUCCUGUGAAUGCUUUGGUGUAUGUGGGAUCACAUGAUCACCAUUUAUAUGGUCUGGAUAUUAAGUCCCAGCAGUGUGCUUGGAAGCGAGACCUUGGUGAAGGCAGUGUGUUCUCGUCUCCUGUAGUAUCACCUGACUCCUGCCAUGUCUAUGCUGCCACACUAGCAGGAACAGUAUUCAAGAUGUCGGCAGAUACGGGCAGAGUUAAUUGGAUGUUUUAUGAUAAAUCCGAUACCAAGCCAUUUUUCUCCUCGCCUGCUCUCACUCAGGAAGGAGUAUGCAUAGAUGCGCCCACACUGAGGUGGAAAAUGAAGACCAGUUCUCAGGUGUAUUCCACACCUUUUGUGUUCCCAGUGUUAAAAACUGAAAUUGUGCCGAAACUCACUGACAAUUCAAAUGAAAUCCCUAACACAUCAGAAAAGCCUGGAAACAUCUGCAAGAACGUUAAAAAUUUUGAAACAUAUGAAAACUUUGUGUGCGUCUGCGCGACCAAUGGUUCCUUGUACUUGUUAGCACUUGAAGAUGGCACCUGCUUCUCUCAGUAUAAUCUCCCAGGGGAAGUGUUCUCUUCUCCUGUUGUGUUUGGGGACAAGAUUCUGGUAGGAUGCAGAGAUGACUACAUCUACUGUAAAGUGGAUAAGGAAGCUCUUCUUGCAGAGUUUGAAAAAAGCAGGCAGUACACAUCUGGUUCUACAGUCAAACAAGUGCUUCAAGAAAUUUGGAAGGAUGUUAUUGGUCAUCUCCCAGAUGUUAAGGAUAGAUGGAUGGAGAGAGGAGGAAACUCCCUAAUGGCAGUUCACAUGACUCAGACAUUAGAAACAGUUUUCCAAUCUUCCUUUCCACUCCUGUUAGAUAGCAUUUUACACAAGACAUCCAGUGAGAUAGAAGACUACAUCAGUAAUGAAAUCAAUCAUGGGUCUUUAAUUGUUGAUGUACAAUCUAGAGAUAAACGUGACAAAUGCACAAAUGCUUUUAAGGAACAUCCUUUCAAACCCUUGACAGCAGGUUCAUUAAUUACUUCCACAAGUAUGAAAAAUGAGAUUCAGAAUGUGAUGUCAAAUACUGAAAAUUUCUCAGAAAUUAGCCAAGUUGGAAAGAAAAGAAAAUUACAAAAUGAAGAAACGGACUUUGUUCAGAUGCUGAAUGGAAGUGGCACUAAGCAUCCUGUAACGGGCAUUUUGUCUAUUCAAAGGGGAUCAAAGUAUUUAACUCACUGCAAUGAAAGCACAGGAGCACAAAGUUUCCAAAAGUUAUCUUCACCAAGAAAACCAAGCCUCAAAAGACCAGAGGUAGUUGAAGGCUGGAAAUAUGACACAGGGAAGUGUGUUGAUGCUUCUCCACUACUGGUUUUAAGAGACAGAGGUCAGGGACAAGUCUUCAUAGGCUCUCACUCACACAGGGUCUCUGCCAUAGAUUUACAUACUGGGAAUGUUCACUGGGACAGAGAGCUAGGGGACAGAAUUGAGUCAUCACCUUGCCUGUCAUCUUGUGGGAAUUAUGUCAUUGUUGGAUGUUACAACCAUGCUGUUUAUGUCUUGGAUGCUUUGAGUGGAGACAUCUGGUGGCAGUUUAAGACAUCAGGGCCAGUGAAAAGUUCCCCAUGCAUAAAUCCUGUGAAUGCUUUGGUGUAUGUGGGUUCACAUGAUCACCAUUUGUAUGGGCUGGAUAUUAAGUCCCAGCAGUGUGCUUGGAAGCGAGACCUUGGUGGAGGAAGUGUGUUCUCGUCUCCUGUAGUAUCACCUGACUCCUGCAAUGUCUAUGCUGCCACACUAGCAGGAACAGUAGUCAAGCUGUCUGCAGAUAUGGGCAAAGUUAAUUGGAUGUUUUAUGAUAAAUCCGAUACCAAGCCAUUUUUCUCCUCACCUGCUCUCACUCAGGAAGGAGUAUGCAUAGGUUGUGUCAAUGGAAAAUUGUAUCACAUAGAUUAUAAUGGAAAAAUGCUUUGGUCUUACAGUACAAGUGGUCCAAUAUUUUCCAGUCCCUGUAUCCAUCAAUCAGAUGACAGAAAAACAGAACUAAUCAUCUUUGGAUCACAUGAUCAUUAUGUUUAUUGUUUACCAUCAGAUGCCCCCACACUGAGGUGGAAAAUGAAGACCAGUUCUCAGGUGUAUUCCACACCUUUUGUGUUCCCAGUGUUAAAAACUGAAAUUGUGCCGAAACUCAUUGACAAUUCAAAUGAAAUCCCUAACACAUCAGAAAAGCCUGGAAACAUCUGCAAGAACGUUAAAAAUUUUGAAACAUAUGAAAACUUUGUGUGCAUCUGCGCGACCAAUGGUUCCUUGUACUUGUUAGCACUUGAAGAUGGCACCUGCUUCUCUCAGUAUAAUCUCCCAGGGGAAGUGUUCUCUUCUCCUGUUGUGUUUGGGGACAAGAUUCUGGUAGGAUGCAGAGAUGACUACAUCUACUGUUUGCAAAUGAGAUCUUCUAGUUGA